AUGGAUCUGUCCGAAUAUCUACGCCAGCGAAAUCGGUCUUCAAAUUAUGAAUCUGCACAAAGUAUACCUGCCCCGUCGAUUGCAUCUGCGAGGACUGCUCCGGAACACCAAGAGGCCACCCGACAUGGACCUCAUGGGGAUGUUACCUUUGGGUUUGUCGACAUCUACCAGUCUCUAUCACCUCGUCAAGUCGGAGUUAUCGCGGUUGGGUCAGCCAUUGGCACGGGCUUGAUGAUCGGGACUGCCAGGGCUCUCACAAUGAGCGGCCCGGCUGCCAUGAUGAUAUCAUACAGCUUCGUCGGGUUCUCGGUAUACUUGGUUCUAUUGGCCUUGGGUGAAGUCGCUGCUUGGUUGCCAAAGCCAUAUACCGUGGCAGACCAGGCCGUUCGAUUCGUUGAUCCGGCUUUGGGCUUCAGUGUGGGUUGGAUAUACUGGCUGAAAUAUGCCAUCGUCACCCCAAAUCAAUUGACGGCCGCCGCUCUACUCAUUUCGUAUUGGGUUGAUGCUGACAGGAUCAACCCCGGUGUGUGGAUUUCUGUUCUGCUUUUCGUGAUCAUCCUCGUCAACUUUGUUCACCAUGGACUCCCCAGUCGAGUCGAGUUUUACGUUUCAUCCUUCAAAUUAUUCAUCAUGUCCGCUCUAAUGAUCUUGUCGAUGGUCAUUGCUGUGGGAGGAGGACCAGAUCAUGAUACUCGAGGAUUCCGAUUUUGGUAUAAGCCCGGUGUGUUUGAUCUAUUCGGGGCUCGGGUGAAUCACGGGUUGCUCGAGAAGUUUUUGGAGACCUGCGCAACAACGUCUUCGGCGACGUUCGCCUUCAUUGGGAGUGAACGGUCGGGCAUUAUGGUCCGGGCUCCUAACAUACGAAAGGCUAUUUCCCGUGCCAUUAAGCACACAUUCUAUCGGGUGUUGGUGUUUCAUCUUUUGGGAAUCACUCUGUUGGGUAUGCUCGUUCCUCGAGACUCGAUCAGACUGGCCUUUGCUCGUGAUUCGACCAAAGGUGCUGCCGCAUCUCCUUUCGUUGCGGCCAUUUAUCUCUCCGGCAUCGCAGUGGUGCCGGACAUUCUGAACGGUUGCAUUCUGUUAUUCGUGUUGUCCAUAGCCAAUUAUGACCUUUACCUGGCCACCAAGGCGAUGUGCGAUCUCUCUCUCAAGCGCCGUGCGCCUUCUUUUCUUCUCUACACCAAUCGCCGCGGAGUUCCCGUCUACGCUCUAGCUGUAUCCUCAUCUGUCGCAACAUUAGCUUAUGUCAACGUCGCCGAGGAUUCACGGCUUGUAUUUGGCUAUCUCGUGGAUAUGGUGACGACGCUUGGUCUUUUGGUCUGGGUGUGCAUCCUCAUCACUCACAUCGCUUUUGUGCGGGCACGCAAAGCCCAGGGUAUCCCCGAUGAGGUACUUACAUUUCGCGCCCGGUUCGGUCUUGCUGGGACCUGGCUAGGUCUUGUACUCUGUCUGUUCAUAUCGAUAACCAUGGUUCUUGGCGCGUUCACAUUUGAUCGUAAUGGCAAGCUCAUGUUCCACUAUCAGUCCGCUGUGGCGUCAUUCGUGGGUGUCCCGAUCUUUUUGAUAUUAAUUUUGGGGUAUAAAUUAGCGAUGCGCACCAAACAUGUGAAUUCAAGGAAUGCGGAUAUGUGGACUGGCAAGUUGGAUAUUUGA